AAUUUGUCAAUCUGGUUAAAGCUUGUGUGACUACUCCUAAAUUUUCUAUGGUUUUCAAUGGAAGUUUAUGUGGUUACUUCUCAGGAGAGAAAGGAGUUAGGCAAGGGCAUCCCUUAUCCCCAAACAUUUUUGUGCUAUGUAUGGAGGUCCUUUCUCGUAUGUUGAACAAAGCUGCUGAGGAAGGAAAAUUUGCUUAUCACCCUAAAUGCAAAAAUGUGCAGCUCACACACUUAUGUUUUGCUUAUGAUCUCAUGAUAUUCAUAGAUGGUAACCUAGCCUUUCUAAAUGCAAUUGAUGCUGUCUUGAUGCAUUUCUAUAAGGUUUCUGGCCUAAGAGCUAAGUCAAAAUUGUUCUGUUGUGGGUUAUCUACAUCACAUACCCAGUUGCUUGUUGAAAAAUUUCAUUUCAAGAUUGGUACACUGCCAGUCAGAUAUUUAGGAGUACCAUUGAUCACGGGGAAGCUUGCAAAAAAGGAUCUCAAGCCUUUAGUCUCUAAAAUCACUGAGAGAAUGUCCUCCUGGGCGACUAAACAUCUCUUUUUUGCUGGUAGAUUACAACUAAUCUCCUCAGUAAUUCAAGGCAUCACCAAUUUUUGGUGUUCUGUUUUCAUAUUGCCUAAAGGGGUUAUUAAAGAAAUGGAAAAGAUAUGUGGAGCUUUUCUUUGGAAUAAUGAAACUUACAGUGUUAAAGGGGCAAAGGUGAGUUGGUUGCAUGUCUGCAAGUUCUAUUUGGGUUGCUUGGGUCCAGGACAACUUACUCAAGGUAGAAGCUUUUGGUCCAUUAACAUUCCUUCUGAUGCUUCUUGGGGAUGGAGGAAAACUUUAAAACUAAGGCCAUUAGCUAGAGGGCUAAUCCAACACAUACCGAGGAAUGGUCAAAACACUUCUCUUUGGCAUGAUAAUUGGCACCUCGCUGGCCCAUUGUUAGAAGUUUAUGGAAACUCUAUUGUUCAUGAUGCAAGGAUACCCUCCCAAGCUAAACUAGCUAGUGUUAUAAGUGGGAAAAGGGUUAGAAGAAAAUCUUUGCUUAGCAUUUUGAACAAACUCUCAUGGAAUGCCACAGUCUACAACAUUUGGAUGGAAAGAAACAACAGAGUUCAUCUACAGCUCUUUAGAAGCAAGAGUACAAUCCUUCAUGAGAUUCAAUUUGAGGUUAGAGCUAGAAAGCUGGAGUUUGCUCACCCAAGGUCUUCAUCACUUCCUAUGGCUAUUGCAAUUCAAUGGGGGCUUGAAACAAUUGUGAUAGAUUAGUUUUUGGGUAAUAGUAGAAUGUGUACUAGUUAUUGAGUAUUUUUCCUAGUCUUUUCUCUUGUAGCAGCUCCUGUGCUGCAUUAUGUUGUAAGUAUUUCUGGAUAAAUAAAUUCACCUUUUAUUC